AUGGCGCCCGAUCGCACGGGAAAGAGCGUGUUCCUGGGGAAUAUUCCCUACAAUCUCACCGAGGAGCAAGUCAAAGACAUCCUCAGUACGGCCGGUACCGUCACCAAAUUCCGACUGAUGAUGAACCCCGAGACCGGAAAGCCCAAGGGAUAUGGAUUCGCAGACUUUGCCGAUGCGGACGCAGCGGCCUCUGCCGUACGCAACCUGAAUGACUACGAGAUCAUGGGCCGCAAGAUUCGCGUUGACUGGCCCCACAACAAUGAGAAAGACUCUAUUCCUGCAGACUACCCGCAACAGACCCAGCCUAUGGAUCAAGACCCUGUACAGCAGAUGCAACAAAUUCCGGGUGCUGCUCCGCUUCCUCCACUCCCACCAGGCGUCGAGAUCCCUCCCCAUCUCGACUGUCCCAACGCCAUCUCUCAUACUCUUGCCUCCCUUCCCCCAAGCCAGCUCCUCGAUGUCCUCACACAAAUGAAACAGCUCGCCGUGGCCGACCCGGCUCGCGCGACAGAGCUGCUGCGCCAGGCACCACAACUCGCCUAUGCUAUUUUCCAGGCUCUGCUACUUAUGAACCUUGUGGAGUAUCAAUUGCUGGGCUCCAUUGUGGAACAAGCUGCACAGCCUGUUACCCAUCAGCAAGCUGCCCCGCAAUACCAACCUUACGGAGCUAUGCCAGGUCAGGUUGGCACUCCACCUGUCGGUGGUGGCCCUUUUGCUCCUCCAACCGCACAGGCGGCACAGCCACAAGUGGCCGGCCAAGAAGAGCUUCUCCAGCAAGUCUUGAGCAUGCCACAAUCUGCUAUUGAUGCUCUUCCGCCAACUGAGCGCAGUCAGAUUAUGUUGCUGCGCCAGCAGCUGAUGCAAGGCGGCAUGCGCUAA